GGCCUAGGGUUCAAGACCAACCUGACCAACAUAGCAAGACCCUGUCUUUAAAAAUAUAUUUUGGAGUAUGUCCUUCCAGUCUUUCAUGGAAUUAUAUAAAUUUAUGUAAUAUGUAUAUUAUAUAUUCUACAUAUAGUAUACUGUAUUUAUUUAUGAUGAUGAUAAUGAUGUGUUGCAACCUGGAGAGAGCAUAAGGAAAAGAUAGGAAACAUUUAUUCAUAUACACAGAACAUUAGUUGAACUUUGUGCAAAAACUGUCUCGUCUUUCCUAUUAGGCCCUUGGAGUAAAUGGCUACAUUAGUUCUCUAUCUCCACAGGUACUGUGGUACUACUUGGUAAGUAGUAGGUACGCAAAAAAUGUUUGCAAGUGAAUGAAUGGCUACUUCUAAGUUGGUUUGUAUGUCAGUGAGUAGUUGUAUCUGGAUUUUUUCUCUGUGUGUUUUGGAAAUGUAUAAUGUGUUUAUAUUAUAUACCCAUAUAUUCUGAACUCCAUAGUGUUGUCUUAGUCUACUUCUCUAGCUUCUUGCCUUCCUAUUGUUCUUCUCCCUGCCAUGGUAACUACUCCCUACUGUAACUGUCCAUAUUCUAUACUGUCAGACCUCAGGCCUUUGGCUGUACCCACAUGUUGUUUCCAUAUCCUUGAAUCCUGUCAUUGGCAUCAUCAUCUGUCAAAAUCGUAUGCUUCUUUUAAGGCAGGUGUUGCCAAUUCAGAUGCCUACAGAGGUUAAUCAGGUAGCAUAAUAGCAUAAUUUGAGUGAAGUGGAUUUGCAUGGGAGGUUAUAGGGAGCUGGAGAGCAACUGCCCCAGCUAAAAGGGCCCAGCAGCUAUUUGGCACAAGCUGGUUAUUAGAAAGUUGAAUGUGGGCCCUGUGUUGCUAGAUCUUUCAGUUUUACAAGUGAGAAGUUGGAAGCCUGUAUUUUUAUAUGAGGUCUGAUUUUUAAAUGUUGGCAACUAGUUUUUGCAAAGUUUAAAUACCGUGCAGGCCAAAUAAAAACAUCUGAGGGCUGGAUUUGGCACUCGAAUUCCCAGUUUGUGACCAUUGCUCUGGACUUAUUUCAGGUGAUGUUCUAAUCAUGUCAGAUAAAGAUGAUAUUGAGACUCCACUGCUAACUGAAGCAGCCCCCAUCCUUGAAGAUGGAAACUGUGAGCCAGCCAAGAAUUCUGAGUUUGUUGACCAAGGUGCCAAGCCAGAGAGUAAAUCAGAACCUGUAGUUUCCACUCGGAAAAGACCAGAGACCAAACCUUCCAGUGACCUUGAGACUUCAAAAGUUCUCCCUAUUCAGGAUAAUGUUUCCAAAGAUGUACCCCAGACCAGGUGGGGUUAUUGGGGGAACUGGGGCAAGUCUAUACUCUCUUCAGCCUCGGCUACGGUAGCCACAGUAGGACAAGGUAUUUCAAAUGUCAUCGAGAAGGCAGAGACUUCCCUUGGAAUCCCUAGUCCCAGUGAAAUUUCAACUGAAGUCAAGUAUGUAGCAGGAGAGACAAAUGCCAAAGAGAAUGAAAACUUCUCCCCAGUGGCUGGGGCAUUUGGUGUAUUCUCAACUAUCUCUACUGCUGUUCAGAGCACAGGAAAGAGUGUUAUCAGUGGGGGUUUGGAUGCCUUAGAAUUCAUUGGAAAAAAGACAAUGGAUGUGAUAGCUGAAGGGGAUCCUGGAUUUAAAAGAACCAAGGGUCUGAUGAACCAAAAUGCUACACUAUCUCAGGUUUUACGAGAGGCGAAGGAGAAAGAAGAGAUAUGGAACUCCAGUGAGGUUACUAUGGAAACAGAAAAGAAAACUCAUUAUGGGUUACUCUUUGAUGAAUUUCAAGGCCUUUCACAUCUAGAAGCUCUGGAGAUGCUUUCCCGAGAAAGUGAAAUAAAGGUGAAAUCUAUCCUUAAUUCUCUGAGUGGAGAAGAAUUAGAAACUCUAAAAGUUGAAUUAGAGCAACUCAAAGAAGCAUUUUCUCUAGCAGAAUUUUGUGAAGAAGAGGAAGAAGAGAAAAAAGGGGAUGAAGAUUUUACCAAGGACAUAACAGAGCUGUUUUCCCAGCUGCACGUUUCCUCCAAACCAGAGAAACUUGCCAGGGCAAGAAAUACCGCCCACGAAUGGAUCAGGAAGUCUCUGACCAAGCCAUUAGCAGAGAAUGAAGAAGGAGAAAAACAGUUGGAAGCAGAAAAUACUGAGCAAGUCAACAAAAAUUCAAUAGAGGAUAUCCAUGCGUUUGCAAUCCGGAGUCUAGCUGAACUGACUGCUUGCUCAAUUGAACUAUUCCACAAAACAGCUGCAUUGGUUCUGCAUGGCAGGAAGCAGGAAGUGACAGCCGUAGAAAGGAGCCAAACUCUUUCCCAGAUGACAAUUGUGUUGUGUAAAGAGUUGUCCUCUUUGUCUAAAGAGUUCACCACCUGCCUAACAACUGCUGGGGUCAAAGAAAUGGCAGAUGUCCUUAACCCAUUAAUCACUGCAGUAUUUCUAGAGGCAUCAAACAGUGCCUCCUACAUCCAGGACGCCUUUCAGCUACUCUUACCUGUGCUAGAGAUCUCUCUCAUUGAGAACAAGAUUGAAUCACACAGGCAUGAGCUGCAGGGCCAGAAGCCUUUGCUAGAACAUUGAAGAACAGAGAUGUUUUGACCUGGGACUUGUGAUGGCCAAGGAAUGCCACCUUAUCUGGCUACUCGUGCAGAAAUGAAGGAGUGGGGUUAUUUUAGUAUAUAAAAAUUCAGGUAGGAGAGAUGGUUUAAAGAGAAAGAUUGUUGCCUUCAGUGUUUGAUUGAAGUAUUCAGGUCCUCACAGUAUUCUUUCCAGUUGUUGUAAUUCAUAAAUUAUUUGAAAAGAAACUUCUGUAGAAAGUCCAAGAAUAAUAACUCUAGAUAAAGGUUAGUGGGAUACUCAGGCAAAAAUGUUGGUCUUUCUUUGACAUGUUGCAAAAUGUUAUCAAUUUUGUUGUGGGUAUAAUUUGCAGCCCAUGGAUAUAACUGGUUGAUAAGCCAGAGAAAAAUAAUUUAGUGUUCUAAAAUUCAUGGCAUGUGUGGUUUAUUGAUGCCGUGUACUUUCUCCUUUCUGGAAUAAAAUCUAUGGCUUUAAGAAAACUGAGCAUAUGUAAACUCUGUGAUGAUUACCCUUUAUCACAUGAAUUCUUGGAAAUAGAAAGUUUCAUCUGCAUUUUUAAAUUCUUAAUAGAUAUUUGGCAUUGAGGAGAAACUUGUAGACUAUUACAGCCACAUGAAUUAACUAUAGCAAAGUGCCCUUUUUCUUCAAAUUGCUCCCCCGUCCCCAGGAUGACACAUUUCAUGUCAUAGCUGAACCCUACUCUACUGGAUUCAAGGCCAGUAAAUGCCGUUUAGAGAAGCAGUUUUAUGUUUGCAGAUAUUCUGAGUCUCUUCAAGAUGUGUUUCAUGCCUACCCUACAUGCAGGAUAAAUUCUUUACAGCAAACUCCAAAGGAAUGUUGAAGCUGUUUUAGCAAUGAGGUUUUUUUUGUUUGAGUGUUGAUGUGGGCCAUAGUCCUUCAGAAAUUAUGUUCAUUUAUGACAGGAUUUAACUUCUAAGGCACAAUUUAUUUUUUCCUCGUUCUUUGUUUGUUUUAAUGUAUUCUUUAGCAUGUUUUUGAAUAUAACUUUUAUCCUCCAGAUCUUAAGCCUUCUUUUGCUGUCUUCAACAACUUAAGAGACUAUUAAGCUGUCAUCUUCCUAAAAGCUAUUUUGGUAUCCACUCUUUUUAAAAAAAUUCUCCAACUUUGUGGUUUUUAAUGAUUAAGGUAAUUUGUUAGCUCUGCCCCUCAUCUUCUAAAAGCUUUGUAAUAAAAUGUAUUAAUCAUGUUA